AUGGAUAUCCCCGUCAACGAAUCUGCCCUAUCGACUCUGAUUUCAAAUUGGGCUGCGCGGGUGCUGCCGAGUCUCUCAAUGCCCUCGCUGACAUCGGCUGUUGCGCUCUCCGCGGGCCUGGUCAACCUGGUUGCCGGCCAAUAUUUCCCUCCUGUUACCACCGACGGCGCCAAGGUCAUUCACUCCAAGCACCAAGAGGGUGUCAGGAUUUCUUACAAAGAGCCUGGAAUCUGCGAGACAACUCCGGGUGUAAAAUCCUAUUCGGGUUAUGUCCAUCUACCCGCAGGCACACUAAAUGACCUCGGCUUGGAUCAAGAUUAUCCCAUUAAUUCCUUCUUCUGGUUCUUCGAGUCCCGUAAUGAUCCCGUCAACGCGCCGUUGUCGAUAUGGAUGAACGGCGGCCCGGGAAGUUCGUCCAUGAUCGGCCUCAUGCAGGAGAAUGGACCAUGCCGUGUCAACAUGGACUCCAACUCUACGGAGCUGAACCCCUGGUCAUGGAACAAUUACGUCAAUAUGCUCUACAUCGACCAGCCGAAUCAGGUUGGUUUCAGCUACGAUGUGCCCACUAACGGAACAUAUGAUCAGUUGACGGGAGUUCGUGACGUCUCGGGGUGGACGACCGUCCCGGAACAGAACAACACGUUCUAUGUGGGCACGUUUCCCAGUCUGAACGCCUCAUCCACGGCCAACACUACUCAGAACGCAGCCCGCGCUCUUUGGGCCUUUGCGCAGACCUGGUUUACGGAGUUUCCGGCUUACAAACCCCAUGAUGACCGGGUCAGUAUCUGGACCGAGUCUUAUGGAGGCCGCUAUGGCCCCUCGUUCACUGCCUUUUUCCAGGAGCAGAACGAGAAGAUUGCUAAUGGCUCGCUUACCUCGGCGGGGGAAUCUCACUAUAUCCAUCUCGAUACACUCGGAAUCAUCAAUGGAUGUAUUGAUCUGCUUGUGCAGUCUCCGUCGUACCCCGAGAUAGCAUACAACAACACGUACGGCAUCGAAGCAAUCAACGAAACUAUCUAUGAUUUCGCGAUGAAUGCCUGGAGCAAGCCGGGCGGCUGCAGGGAUCAGAUCAUCAGAUGCCGCGAACUUGCUGCUGAGGGCGAUCCUUACAUGUAUGGCAACAACAGGACGGUAAAUGCUGCCUGUUCAGCAGCGGACAGCUACUGCGGUAACAACGUGGAAGGCCCGUACCCUCUGUUCUCAGGUCGAGGAUACUACGACAUUGCUCAUUUCGACCCUGACCCUUUCCCUCCACCAUACUACUUGGGCUAUUUGAGUCAGCACUGGGUGCAAGAAGCCCUUGGUGUCCCUAUUAACUUUACAGAGUCGGUUGACAGCGUUUACGCUGGGUUUAGUUACACCGGCGACUACCCACGAUCCGAUGUUCGUGGCUAUCUGGAGGACAUAGCAUAUGUGCUCGACUCGGGCAUCAAGGUGGCCCUCGUUUACGGCGAUCGGGACUAUGCCUGUCCCUGGAACGGCGGCGAGCAGGUGAGUCUGCAGGUUGAGUACAGCGAUGCAGACAAGUUCCGCGCUGCUGGGUACGCACCACUACGGACCAAUUCCUCGUACGUCGGCGGUCUUGUACGCCAGCAUGGAAACUUCUCCUUCACCCGGGUCUACCAGGCCGGUCACGAAGUACCUGCGUAUCAGCCCGAGACUGCGUACGAAAUCUUUCAUCGAGCCAUGUUCAACCGUGACAUCGCGACCGGAAAGAUCUCGACAGCUCAAAAUGGCACAUAUUCCACCACGGGCCCCUCUUCGACAUGGAAUGUCACCAACACCGUCCCGGAUAGCCCGGCGCCGACUUGCUACAUCCUCUCUCUGGGGUCGUAUUGCACCGAUGAGCAGAUCGCGAGCGUGGCGAACGGGACUGCGCUGAUCAAGGAUUAUAUCGUGGUGGACGAGAGUGCUCCUUAG